CUGAUUCACUGGCCGCUGGGGCCAGGGUUGGGGGCUGGGGGUGCCCACACAGCUCGGCUAGAGGGGCUUGGGGGGGGUGCAGUGGGUGCAAGGAGCCUGGCUUGGGCCCACUGGGCUGCCGGCAGUGGACGGCCCACGUGGUGGGGGAGGCCGUGGACCUGGUGGUCCCGGGCCGCGCGGCCCAGUGGCGGUGGAGCCAUGGUUGCCAAACUGAGCCAACUGCAGACGGAGCUCCUGGCGGCCCUGCUCGAGUCGGGCCUGAGCAAAGAGGCGCUGAUACAGGCCCUGGGUGAGCCAGGGCCCUACCUGCUGGCCGGGGUCGAGCCCCUGGACAAGGGGGAGUCCUGUGGCAGUGGCCGAGGGGAGCUGGCCGAGCUUCCCAACGGGCUGGGGGAGACGCGGGGCUCCGAGGACGAGACGGACGACGAUGGGGAAGACUUCACGCCGCCCAUCCUCAAAGAGCUGGAGAACCUCAGUCCCGAGGAGGCGGCCCACCAGAAGGCCGUGGUGGAGACCCUUCUGCAGGAGGACCCGUGGCGGGUGGCGAAGAUGGUCAAGUCCUACCUACAGCAGCACAACAUCCCACAGCGGGAGGUGGUUGACACCACUGGCCUCAACCAGUCCCACCUGUCCCAGCACCUCAACAAGGGCACCCCCAUGAAGACGCAGAAGCGAGCCGCCCUGUACACCUGGUACGUCCGCAAGCAGCGAGAGGUGGCCCAGCAGUUUACCCAUGCAGGGCAGGGUGGGCUGAUUGAAGAGCCCACAGGCGAUGAGCUGCCAACCAAGAAGGGGCGUAGGAACCGAUUCAAGUGGGGUCCAGCAUCCCAGCAGAUCCUGUUCCAGGCCUAUGAGAGGCAGAAGAACCCCAGCAAGGAGGAGCGAGAGGCAUUGGUGGAGGAGUGCAAUAGGGCGGAGUGCAUCCAGAGGGGGGUGUCACCAUCGCAGGCGCAGGGACUGGGCUCCAACCUCGUCACGGAGGUGCGUGUCUACAACUGGUUUGCCAACCGGCGCAAAGAAGAAGCCUUUCGGCACAAGCUGGCCAUGGACACAUACACCGGGCCACCACCUGGGCCAGGCCCAGGGCCUGCGCUGCCUGCCCACAGCUCCCCUGGCCUUCCCCCACCUGCCCUCUCCCCGAGUAAGGUCCACGGUGUGCGCUAUGGACAGUCUGCAACGAGUGAGGCAGCGGAAGUGCCCUCCAGCAGUGGUGGUCCCCUGGUGACAGUGUCUGCACCCCUGCACCAAGUGUCCCCCACGGGCCUGGAGCCCAGCCACAGCCUGCUGAGCACUGAAGCCAAGCUGGUCUCGGCAACAGGGGGGCCCCUGCCCCCAGUCAGCACCCUGACAGCACUGCACAGCCUGGAGCAGACAUCCCCAGGCCUCAACCAGCAGCCCCAGAACCUCAUCAUGGCCUCGCUCCCUGGGGUCAUGGCCAUCGGGCCCGGUGAGCCUGCCUCCCUGAGCUCCACAUUCACCAACACGGGCGCCUCCACUCUGGUCAUUGGCCUGGCCUCCACUCAGGCCCAGAGCGUACCAGUCAUCAACAGCAUGGGUAGCAGCCUGACCACCCUGCAGCCAGUUCAGUUCUCCCAGUCACUGCACCCAUCCUACCAGCAACCACUCAUACCUCCGGUGCAGAGCCACGUGGCCCAGAGCCCCUUCAUGGCCACCAUGGCCCAGCUGCAGAGCCCCCACGCCCUUUACAGCCACAAGCCUGAGGUGGCCCAGUACACCCACACGGGCCUGCUCCCACAGACCAUGCUCAUCACCGACACCACCAACCUGAGCGCCCUUGCCAGCCUCACGCCCACCAAGCAGGUGGCUGCCGUGUAUCUCCAGGUCUUCACCUCAGACACGGAGGUCUCCAGCGAGUCUGGGCUUCACACAUCGGUGUCCCAGGCUACCACCAUCCACAUCCCCAGCCAGGACCCCACUGGCAUCCAGCACCUGCAGCCCGCCCACAGGCUCAGCACCAGCCCCACCGUGUCCUCCAGCAGCCUGGUGCUGUACCAGAGCUCCGACUCCACCAACAGCCACAGCCACCUGCUGCCAACCAACCACAGCGUCAUUGAGACCUUCAUCUCCACGCAGAUGGCCUCAUCCUCCCAGUAACUGCGGCAACCGCCUCCCGGGUUGCCUCCUGUGCUGCCUGCUGGGGGAGUGAUGACAGCAGCCGCCGCCGCCUGGAGGGCAUGAGGCUGCCAA